AUGCCUAAGAAGGCUGCUAAGUUGGAUGAGGUAGACUCACAACAAGAAUUUUUAGCGCUAGAAGGAUGUGCACCAAACCCUGAAGAUCGCGAUAGUGUCGCAAUAUUACUGAAGCACCUGUUUCCUGAUGACUCGGUUGUUAACGCUGGAGACCUCGCGGAGUAUAUCACAUCACAUGAUGAAUUUGGAACUGUCGUAAAACCUGCAGUAGACGACGAUGAGGAUGCAAGUGACGAUGACAGUGAUGACGGUGAAAUUGUUUUCUCAAUAACCAGCGCCGUUGAUUUAAGUCCUCUGACGGCUGAGAAACAUUCCGUCGUGAGAAGUAUUCGAAACUUCUUUCUGAAUGCUGUAAGAAACUCAGAGUCCGUAGCUAUAAAGGACAAAGUGGAAGAGCUUUUGGAAAGGGAUUCUACUUGCCAUCCAUACCUUUUCAUCAAUGAACGAUUUGAUAAUUUAUCCCUUACUGUCUGUGCUGAAGCUGUGUCUAACUUGCCCUCUGAAUUGAAGUCAGCUGGUUCAUCUCCAACUCAUUUUCUGCUUAUGGCUUGGGCCGUCACAGAGGAGGCUGAAGAUGGUACAAAGAAAUACGAGUAUGCAUAUCCUGAGGUGGAAUUUAUUGUCCCACAUGCAUUAUAUGUAUUAGAAAUUGAUCCUAAAUGGCUUAGAAGCAAUGAGGGGAAAAAGAGGAAAGUUGACGAAGAUACCCUGGACUAUGAUACUAUGUUUCUAAUCAUUAUUUCAAUGGACAAAUUUCAGGAUAUUUUAGAUUCUUUGGCGGAUAAGGUUUAA